UUGAGAGAUAAUUGCGUGAAAAUUAUGUGACUAGAAUUGAAAAUAAUACAAUUACAUUUAAAGUUUGUAAUCGUUUAAAGAGCUAUUCAUUUUAAUAAUUUUUACAUUUAAGUUCAUUAUUAGCAGUAAAGUAAUAUGCACAAAUUAAAAAAUGUAAGGAACGAAUCAAACAUUUAAUUGAAAAAAUUGUUACGGAUACUUUCAGCGAACUAUGGAUUUAAGAAACUUUGAAAAUUCCUGCUGCGUGUGGAAACCAUCAGGAAUUAACGAAUCAUCUAAUUAUGCAAAGUUUGUUAAAAUGAUCGAGAGAAAAUAUGAAGUGAAACUGGAAAACUACUGGGAUCUUCAUAAAUGGUCUAUUGAAAAUAUUGAAGAUUUUUGGGCAGAAAUAUGGGAUUUUUCUGAAAUCAAGUAUUCAAAAAAGUAUAACAAAGUGGUAGAUCUUUCUGUACCGAUGAGUCAAAUACCAAAGUGGUUUAUUGGAGCAAGACUAAAUUUUGCUGAAAAUUUCCUGACAUUCCGUGAUAAUCAUACUGCUUUGAUCGGAAUAGGUGAAAAUCGAGAAGAAACAAGGUUCACCUACGCAGAAGUAUAUGAAGAAGUGAAACAGUAUGCAGCAGCUUUUAGAAAAAUUGGUCUCAAAAAAGGAGAUAAAGUAGCCUGUUAUAUGUCUAAUAGAGAAGAGGCUAUAUUCGCAAUGCUUGCUGCUAUUAGCGUUGGUGCUAUAUGGAUUGGGAUACUUCCAAUGCUAGGAGCUCAGGCAGUGCUGGAGAGAUUACAAAUAGUGCGUCCCAAAUAUAUUAUAUCAAUCGACAAGAUACGUUAUGAGGAAAAGGAUAUUGACAUGCUUCCUAAAUUGAAAUUCAUAUCUGAAGGUUUGACAAGUUCAGAAAAGAUAAUCAUUGUGCCAUCCAGAAAAGAUUCCAUAAGAAAGGAUAUCAGUGAAAUAGUUAACAGCUGUUUUUUAAAAGAAUUUUUGGAUGUUGGGCGCAAUGCAGAUGGUUCAGUGCCAGAUUUAAUCUUUGAACAAGUGUCUAUGUCACAUCCCGUUUUCAUUAGUUAUACCUCAGGAACUACUGGUUCACCAAAAGCAAUUGUACACGGCAGUGAGGGACUUCUGUGCUUUGUAAAAGAGAUAUGUAUUCAAAAUAACAGCAGAGAACGUGCGAUACUAUCUGUUUCACCCGCAGGAUGGGCAUCAUGGCUGAUAGGACCUUUGUCGUUUCUCAGAGGGGCCACUUCUGUGCUUUAUGAUGGCGUGCCAUACUUUUUAUCGCCUACUUAUUUGUGGGACAUUAUUGAUGAAUAUAAAAUAUCAAGUUUCUUCGCAACUCCAAGCAUUUUGGAUGAAUUAGAAAAGAAGGGAUAUUUUCCGAAUGAAAAUCAUAAGCUGAACAGUCUACUUCUUAUAUUUUCUGGUGCAAGUGUUGUAAAGCCUCAAAAUUAUGAAUUCGUAUAUAAAAGAAUUAAGAAAAACAUUUUAUUCACGUCCAUUUAUGGUGCCACUGAAAUCAUGGGUAGAUGCAUGGCAUUUCAUCAUACUUUACCUAUAUAUAAAGGAGAACAAACAUGCCCAUGUUUAGGUGCUGAUAUAGAGGUAGUAGAUGAUGAAGGCUGUCCCAUAACUGGUGAAGUUGGAGAUCUAGUCAUAUCAAAACCAUAUCCGUCAAUGCCCUUAGGAAUAUAUGGAGAUGAAAACGGUUCCAAAUAUAGAGAGCUAUACUUUUCUAAAUACAAAGAUAAAUUUUCGAUGUCGGACCUAGCAAUAGUUAAUCCGAAAACUAAAGGAAUCUUAAUUUGUUGCAGAAAUGAUGAAGCCAUCAAUCAGUUUGGAUUUAGAUUUGGAAGUUCCGAAAUUUAUAAUGUAGUGAAUCGUCUCCUUGAAGUACACGAUAGCCUUUGUGUUUCUCAGUAUAGUAAAAAUGGUACUGAGAGAGCUGUUUUGUUUUUGAAACUGAAAGCUGGCUUCAAAUUCAAUGAUGAAUUACUGAAGAAAGUUCGGGAAAAAAUAGAUGAAGAGUUGACAGAUGAACACAUUCCUGGGCUUAUCAUGGAGGUUCAAGACAUACCAUAUAACAUGAAUGGAAAGAAAAUGGAAAUUUUGAUAAAAAAGCUGCUUAAUAAAAUGCCUUAUAAUACAAAUGUCCUCAGGAACAAAGAAUCUUUACAAUGGUAUAUGAAUGUACCACCCUUUGAAGAAUAAAUUACCACUUUGUUAAUUCAUUAUAGCUUAUAAAUACAAUUGUUUUCAUUAAGAAAAAG